AUGCGCACUACGACCGCGUUGCAGCUGCUUCUGGCGGCUUCCGCCACUGCACAAGACCUUGUCAGCAUCUUGCAGUCACAGCCUGACCUUAGCACGUUGUUAGAGCUGGUCCAGAUCGCCAAUCUAACAGAUACUCUUGCUGCCGCCACAAACAUCACCAUUAUCGCGCCGACAAAUGAUGCAUUCGCGGCCCGUGCUGCGGAGAAUGAUCCAGAAGCGGAAGCACUUCGACAGCGCAACGAUUCAGCCACCAUCGGUGGUCUCCUGAGGAACCAUGUGUUCCAAGGAUACUAUCCUUCAUCUGCGAUCGGCGAGGUGCCGACCUUCGCACAGACUCUGGUGAGCCCCGAGGAGCAGAACGAUAUUCAGCCUUCACAGCAAUCACCGGCGGCCAUCGAUGUGCUGUCUAGCGAGUUCACGGUAUCCACUGUGACGGAAGCGGACAUCAUGGUCGGCGCGGACGUCGUUGUUCACAAAGUCAAUGCGGUCAUGUCGUUUGGAGUGCCGGCUCUCCUCUUCCUGGGCAGAUAUGGAUACAAUGGUCUCAAUGCGGUUUUGAUUGAAUCCGACCUAGGAGUCUUCGCUGGGAACGAUAUCAGCAGCUCGGACGAGACGCCAGUUACAGACGUCACCUUCUUCAUCCCAACGGAUCUGGCGCUGGAAGAAAUCAGCUCCGUUCUCGCGACUGCGAAUCAGAGCACACUCCAGGCCGUGCUGAGCUACCACCUGAUCCAGGACAAUAUCAUCUUCUCGCCUUCUCUCAGCAAUACCACAGUGCCGACUGUUGGUGGACAGGAUCUGACGAUCACAGUAGCUGACGAUGGGAGUGUUUUCGUCAACCAGGCAAAGGUCAUUCUGCCCAACGUGAUCUUGUACGAAGGUGUUGCCCACAUCAUUGACAGUGUGCUCAAUCCUCUUGUACCAUUCGAGCGAUCUGAGCUUCAACCCAGCCUUCCCGCCGCUGACCGCGUCGCGUUCGAAGGUGCCACAUCAAGCUCUCCACUUCCAUUCACUGCGAGCACGUUCACGGAUCAGGCCACUGCUGUCAGCAUCGAUCCAGUAUUCUCAACUGCUCCGGCAGUGAGUCUGGCGACAAGUACUGCUACGGCGAGCGAUUCUGCGACGAGUGCUUCUGCGACGGAGGCAUCUGCCAGUGCUUCGACUUUCGCUGGAGCUGGCAACACCCGCGAAGUCUCCGGUCCGAUUCAGACUGGUGCGGCAGUUCUGGCAGCUGCAUAUUUCGGUCUAUGGUUCUAA